GUCACCGCGGAUCCUGGCUUCCCCUUUUGGUGGGGACUGGCGUGGGAAUGUCGGGCGCCCGGACCCCUCCUCAGACGCGGCAUGGGGAGCAAGAUAGAGGGCAGGAUCGAGGGGCGGCUAGCGAGUGCCCGAGCGAGCGGAGGGUGUCAGAGGCAGGGGCAGAAGAAACAAAGUUCCCGGGGCUUGUCGGAGGCCGUUGUCCAGGUUGCGCGCUUGGCCGCCCCACUCCUCGCGAAGGCAAUGGCUUCCAAACUCCUGCGCGCGGUCAUCCUCGGGCCGCCCGGCUCGGGCAAAGGCACCGUGUGCCAGAGGAUCGCCCAGAACUUUGGCCUCCAGCAUCUCUCCAGCGGCCACUUCUUACGGGAGAACAUCAAGGCCAAUACGGAAGUUGGUGAUAUGGCAAAGCAGUACAUAGAGAAAGGUCUUUUGGUUCCAGAUCAUGUGAUCACACGUCUAAUGAUGUCGGAGCUGGAGAAUAGGCGUGACCAGCACUGGCUGCUAGAUGGUUUUCCUAGGACAUUAGUUCAGGCUGAAGCCCUGGACAGAAUCUGUGACCUGGAUCUAGUGAUCACUUUGAACAUUCCAUUUGAAACGCUCAAAGAUCGCCUCAGCCGACGUUGGAUCCACCCUCCUAGCGGGAGGGUGUAUAACCUGGACUUCAAUCCGCCUCACGUACAUGGGAUUGAUGACGUCACUGGUGAGCCAUUAGUCCAGCAGGAAGACGAUAAACCUGAAGCAGUUGCUGCCAGGCUACGACAGUACAAGGAUGUAGCCAAGCCAGUCAUUGAGCUAUACAAGAGCCGAGGAGUGCUCCACCAAUUUUCUGGAACGGAGACUAACAAAAUCUGGCCCUAUGUUUACACGCUUUUAUCGAACAAGAUCACACCUAUUCAGUCCAAAGAAGCAUACUGAGCCCGCCCAGUGGAAGAACUAGGAUGGUGUGAUCAUUCUCUCAAUUGUAUGUGUAGCACUGGUGCCGUGCGCCAAUUAGAAGCUAGCUAAGAUAGCUUGCAGCAUCUUUUCUAGUUUAAAUGGUAAAAUGAUAUGAAAACUAAUGAGUAGAAAGAGUGGAUAAAGAGGCUCAUCUCUGCCUUUCAAAAGAAGGGUCACUUACACAUGUUUAAGAUGUCUCUGCACAUGUCUCAAGCCCUUCACAAGAAAGCAAGCACAGGCUGGACUUAAAACGGUGUAUAGCCCAAACUCUAGCUGAUUUUUGACAGUCCUGUUGUUGCCAUAGUAGCCUUUUGACACAUGAUGGUGGUGGUCUCUGGUUCUCUCCAUCCCCUGAAGGCUGUUGAACCAUAGCACCAGUAGGCCUGAGAAUGCCAAGGGCUGUGCCUGGGCUUUGUCCCACGUUCUCUGGGAUGUGUCCCCCGGGUGACAACAGGAUUGAAGCCAGUUGCUCCCAGUGGUUGCUUCUCUGACUUUGACUGUGACCACAGUUCAUUUUUCCCUGUUUGGAGCGACAUCUUCUUUUCUGCAAACACGUUCUAUAGAAUCUCCUUUUCAGACAUCCUGGCAUGAACGGAUUUGGCUUCUGUGAUUUUUAUUAAACUGUAUUUUUUGACAUCUGUUUUCUCCCUUUCCUAGGCUAUUAAGUAAUACAGAUAGUUAUUGCUUUUGUCCCUCUGAAAUGCCUUUCUAAGAGCUGAGAGCUAGGGGACAAUGUCAAAUUCCUUCCUGCACCAGGAACUGAGCUAUGUGGAGGGUCUACUCUCAUGGGUGGACACCGCUCCUUUCUUUUAUUGUGGGAAAAAAAAUCCUCAGAGUCUUUGGGAACGUCUCAAAAAAAAAAAGAAAGAAAGAAAGAAAGAAAUAUUCAUCUACAUAAGUGUUAAAAGAUAAUAUCUUAUGUAUAGAUUGAAGAAAACCAUAUGGAAUUACUGGACUAAAAGAAUAGCUUUUUAUUCAAGACAGAAAAAAUGUAUUUUGAAAGUGCUGCUAAAUGUUGAUGCUGACAGUGUUUUUCUCCUGUGAGUGACCCAAGCAUAUUAUAAGUAGUUGUUGGUGAAGGGCACGGAGCAUGGGAGGUUGAGGGAACAUGUUGCACUAGUUGUGCCUAGACUAAGUAUGACAGCUUUACAAUUGUGAGAAAACAAAAUCUUCAUUUUUUUUUCACUCUUCCAAAGAUUCUUUCUAUAGGGUGGCCAUUAAGUCUAGAAAUAUGGAUAAUACUAUGUUGUCACAUUGUAAUGUAAUAUCAAUAAAGCAUCUAUUAAGGAUUUGCUUGGUUUCCAGACUUGGCGGCCACCUUGUAUAAUUCUUGCUCUUCUCUGGGAAGGACAAUGAAAUUUAUUCCUGUUGCCUUAAAAAUGAACAUCCCUCUUCAUGCAUCAUGAUGAUCUCCAGGAAGGGCCCUUUACGAUUCCUGGGAGUGACUAGCAUGUAAUCAUCGCCUUUGGAAGUUUUGGGGAGAGGUAGAGGAAACGGGAAAUGGUCUGACCCCUGGUUCCAUACGCCCUCUCCUCCUCCAUCCUUCCCUCCUUCCUCCCUUCCAGCAAAAUAGACCGUUACAGCAGCGUCAGGGGCCCUCAGUAUGUCUCAGCCACGUUUGCUGUUUCUGAGCUCGCCCAUGCUGAGAGGCCUUUCCUAGGUGAUACCAAUUCCAGACCUUUCCUGUGGUCUUUGAAAGACGAUGCUUGUUUCAUGCUCCGUGGCCUAAAAAAAAACCAAAUGAUUUCUGAUUUUUUUCAAUAAACUCUAAUGUUUCCCUCAA